AUGUCGACGUACAGAGGUUCUACUCCCAACAACAUUGAUCCCCGCAUUGUGGAUUUCUACGCAAACUUCUACCGCAUCAGCGAUGACCCAUCCGAGCAAGCCCAUGUCGAAUAUGCGGACUCGCUCACCAAAGAUGGAACUCUGGUAAUGGGCACAAAGAAAGGCACAGGGUACGACAACAUCCUCGAGCUCCGCAAAGGCCUGUGGAGUGGACCUAUCAAGACGCGCAAACACCACCUGAAGCAGAUCUUUCCCUUUGGCGAUGACUCCAAGAAUGUGAUGUUGCAUGGCUUUGUGGAUUAUGGGCUCAAGAACGGCAAGGAGGUGCAAGUCGAGUGGGCUGGCAGGGCUGUGCUCGUAGAGGAAGAAGGCAAGCUAAAGAUGAAGGAGUAUCAAGUCUACCUCGACUCGGCGCCGGUGCUCAACGCUGUCAAAGAAUAG